UUGAGGCUAACCUUACCACUGCAUGCUAUGACACCGCCAGCUUUCUGAACAUAAAGAUGGCGGCUGCUGGUGAGGAAGCUAGUAACAGCGCUGCAGAUACUAUAGUCACCGAGUAUGCCACGUAUGAGGAUUACCUGGACUCUCAAAUAACACCAACUGAUCUGUUCUACCUGGAGGACGAAGAACUAGCAUGUCAGCUAGUGGAGCUAGGAUAUCGUGGAUCAGGGGAAGUGCUCAAGAGAGAAGACUUUGAGCUCAGGAAAGAAGCGGCUGCAGCCAGUAAGCUAGCACGUCGAGACCAGCUGAGAGUGUUGUGCAGUGCUGGGAAGGACCUGCAAGGAUCAGUGUUCCUGGAGGGGCUGGCUCAGAGGGAAGAGACUAACAGAAACGGGAAAAUUUCAUCAAUUAUAUUUAUUCGGGACAGGAAUGCCAAGGGUCAGGAGAUAUCAGGAUACAUUGACUACGCACAUCGACUCAAGGUGGAUGAUUUUGACCCCAUAUUCUCGUCACGGAAGAAGCUGCUCCCUAGACACAGUGACUUGAGCUUCUAUAACUGGGACACUAACUUCUCCUCGUCCAACUCCACUCCUAAUUAUCAGGUGAUUGCAGACAAUGCCUCAGGUCUGCUGUUUAAGAAUAAACGAGACAGAAAGAUUAUUAACGUUGACCCAAAGGUACAGGCUGUGUGGGGUGUGUGUGUGUGGGGUGUGUGUAUGUGUGUGUGGGUGUGUGUGUGGGUGUGCUGUGUGUGUGUGGGUGUGCUGUGUGUGUGUGGGGGGAAAUAAUUACAAAUUAAGGUACAGCUAUAGCGUGCAGUAGAACUAAUAAGUGAAUUGAGGCCUCAGAUUCAAAGCUGACAGUGAAGAUUAGAAUGAACUUUGUACAGCACGUUUGCUAACACUCCCUCUAAUGGAAGCAUCCAAAACAGCAAAACUUGUAUUUGUUGUAUUUGACGCUGUUUGUAUGCUAACUGUGCUCUCUUGUUAUAAACUGUUGACAUAGCAUUGGGCUUUUGAGAUUAUAUUGAGCAAACUGUCUCAAAAUUUGUGAAUAGAAUUUUUAGGGAGUUAGAAAAGCAUUAUUAUAGUACACUGUGCCUCCUCCCUACUUCCCACACUAUAAUAGUUAAUCAAUUUUUCACACAUUAUUUAAUGGAAUAAGGGAGACCGAAAUAUCAUUUGACGUCGAUCCAAACGUACAGCUAGCAUACAAAUAAAUACUAAAAAAGCAAUUAAGCUGUACUGAUUUUGACGUAAAAAAACACACCUAGGACCUACAUGUACAUGUACAUGUAUGCUAGCUGUACUUUUGUAUAUAGCAAAGACGGGAUAAUUAUUGAUAACAAGCAUCUGGGAAACAAUCAACUUCAUUAUAAUAAUAAUUAUUAAUAAAGCUCCAGCUGUUGACUGAUCACUGGGGUUUAGUAGCGGUCCAUUGCCCUGUCACAGCUAGCAUACAUUGCACAUGUAUUAUUAAAAAUGGGGUAUUGAUAACAAGUACCGUAUAGCGGGAAAUUUUCGUCGUUUUUCGAGGGCAGAGCAUUUAAAACUGGGAUAAACUCCCAUGCACCGGUAUUUCACAUGCAAAGCUAUUGGUGGGUGUGGUUUCCUGGCAUUGAACCCCGCGAAUAUUAGAACCCACGAAAAUUCUACUGAGGGUUCUGGAGCCAAAUUGCACCCGCAAAAAUUUCCCGCUAUGCAUUGUAGGAAAUAAAGCUCCAGCUGUUGACUGAUAACUAGGGUUUAGUAGCGGUCCAUUGCCCUGUCACAAUGAUCCCAUCACCCCUCACAUUCAUUCAGCUAGCCCUCCCACUCCACUCUCCACUCAGCUGUGACAUCUGUGACCCCAAUAAUUGUAUUUUUACGGAGAUAAUUUUGAUCGGUAGCCUAGCCAGACUGUUGUCUUGUCCCACUACAUGGAAUUCCAAUUUAGUGUAUAUGCAAAUAUUCUAUAGUCCUUUGAAAGUAGAAUGUCUGCGUGUAUGGGCCCAGGGGUAGACAGCUGUUCCACUAAAAACCAUUUUCACCUUGUUUGCAGAAAUGCUACUCUAAUUGACAUGCAGUGUGUAGACUAGUGUACAGAGCCUAUAGUGUGGUCCCACUGUGUGCACUGUAGCUAGUGUAUAGAGCCUA